AAAGAAUUGUCGUUUUGAUCAUUUCCAAAGCCAUUCUUUGAUUCAUCACUUCGACUGAGCUAAAACCUCUAUCCAAAAAUGGCGUCUUCAAUAGCUUCAAUGGCGGCUCGACGAGCGGCAAUCCUGACAACUCGGUUCGCUUCUCCUCCCAGCUCGGCCUCGCAAGCGGCUUCUCUCGUCCACCGCCGUGGCCUCGCCGCCGCCGCCGAUCAUCAUGGACCUGCGAAGGUGAACUUUUGGAAAGAUCCAAUGAGUCCGUCUAAGUGGAAAGAAGAGCAUCUUGUGAUUAUUUGUUGGACUGGCUGGGGUUUGCUUUUCACCACGGCUUACAAGUUUGCCACUGGAGGCAAAAAGAAGGAGGAAGGGAAUGUAGUCGAAGCUUCAAAGUAGGCCGAAGACACCCAAAACCCAUAAUGUUAGAUGUCAGAGGUUUCCUUUCACAUAUGCACUUUACAUUUCCAGUUUCCUUUCUCACUGAAUUGGGAAGUUCUCUUGAUCCCUGUUCAUUGAAUAAGUUCUAAGACAAGAAUGCGAUGUAAUAUGUGUGAAUGACAUCUAUUGCUGGGAAACUAACUAGUCAGUUAUUAGGCAUUUGGAUCUUGGCAUUCUAAGCAUGUUUUACGUUGCCUGUUAGAAACAAUUUAUACAGCUGAAGUUUUUGCUUCUACACCAGAAUGUUUUCUCAAUAACGUCUUGGUGCACAGCCAAACUUCCUCCAUAAGCUUCAAUUUCAAAUGCUCUUAUUUUACUUUU